UAGAAAUGGAAAGUUGAGUUGGCAACGCGCGAAUUUACAUCUUCAUUUCCCACUUCUGCGUCAGUUGCGACCAGGAUAGCAAUAUUCUACACCCCCGAUCUACUGGUCAUCAUCAAAUCAAAACACAACAACAUAUCCAUCUGCCAUCUUCAAGGAAACUGCUCCCAAAAAUAAAAAUCAAACGCCCACCGGCCUGCUAGUCCGGUAAUAAAACAAAUGUACAGAUUAGUUUUGAUCGAAUCAUCGCCAUCUUCAGUGAAGCGUGGAGCACUCAUUUGAAAGGCUAAGUAGCACCGUUAUCAUAUCCGGGUCAACUUUCGCCUUCACUGAUCAAGUCAUAGAGCCAAGUUCUUGAUUGGUGCUUAUUUUUAUAACUGUGACGUCACCAGCAGCGCCGCUUUAAGGAUUUCGCUGUAUUUAUAAACACAAUGUUACCUGUACAACUGCACUGACAUAUAUUGCCUACAACAGAGGAAUCGUAUCACCAAGUUGAAGACGGGUAUUCUAGUUUUUCGUUUCUUCCCGAACCUGUCGUUAGAUUUUUAAACAUUUUUUUAAAGGUUCUUUUUUUAUGUCAAUAACUAUUUAGAUUAUAUGUGUCUUUAAAUUUGAAUAAAUAAAUAAAUAAAAAGUGGUCAGAAUAGUUCAGACACUUUCGAGAAGGUCUAGUGGAAAACUCAGAGCUUGCUAGUUGAAAACUACUUUUGAGUCUAUCACGAAACGUCAACAAAUCAAAGGACGAUCAAUUGAUCGCGGCAGACGAUAGAACUUUGAAACGUUUGAGCUGAUUUCAUUGGACAAAGACUUUAAAAAAACCAACUCUGAUUAGCUCAACUCCGGUUAGUUCAACUCCAGUUCAACUCCUUAUAAAAUGGAAGGAGAAGCAGAAGAUUUCGCUGCCAUCUUGUACGCCGAGCCCGGCGCCCUGGGGCUCAUUUCCAACAUUGUGGCGGCCCUGAUGAUCGCUACAGAGAACUGCCUGGACCCUCCCUUCUCCUCCACUGCGCUCACGUUAUCAGGUGUUCAUCUGAUCGUAGUUGGAGGAAUUCUACAAAUUGUGGCUGGACUUUUGUCGUACCGUAGAUGGGAUCACUUGACUGCAACAGCUUUCAUCGUCUUCGGGUCCCUCUGGACAUCCAUGGGGAUCUCCCGCAUUCUGGCCGCUCAGACAGGGAACGUCGAGGCCAUCCGUGUGGGGACACUCCCGGGACUUAUCGGCUUCAUGGCUGUGGCAGUCAUCCUCUGCGUCUGCGCGGUGACGGUUAACUUCCUACUUCCGCCUGUGCUGGUUGCCAUCUUGCUGACGCUGAUUUUCGAAGGCGUCGGCGCCAGCUUCGCUUGGGGCAGGAGAGUGGCCGCCGCCUUUGAGCUGUUCAUCGUCAUCACAGGUGUGUAUGCGGUGGUGGUGAUGAUGCUGAAGGGAGUCAGCCAGAGGUAUAUUCUGCCCGGCUUCGGAAACGCGCCCUACGAUCCACUUCUGAUGAGAGCUGCAGGAGGGCCAGCUCCAAAGAACGAAAAGAAGAAGGUCACCAAGUACUCUGAGCCGAUGGGGAUGGGUUUCCUUGGCAACGUGGUCCCAGCUGCGGUGUUUGCUUUCCACCAUCUUGGCUUCUUUCAAGACUUCCGGCCUGCGAUCGCCAUGUUUAUCUUCACCGCGCUCUGCCAAAUCCUGGCCUCCUUUUACUCGUUCCUGCGACACGACUUCUUCCACGCAAUCACCUUCAUCGUCUACAGCACCUUCUGGAACUCCAGAGCGAUCCUGCAGUUUCUCAUCUCCAUGAACCUACCCGGCAUUCUGGGCGCUAGGGUUAAUUUCUACGGUCAGUGGACUUUGAUUGCCUUGAUCAUCGUCAUGACGAUAGUCUCAUCUAGUCAUAACAGAGUUGUCUUUCUUUACAAUAUCAUAUUCACCAUCAUGGCCAUCCUGUCCAUAGACCACAUUCCCAUCCCGGUCCACAACUUUACCUUUGGCGUGACGGCGGCUAUCGUGGCUGUCCUGAGUCUGUACGUCGGCAUGUCCGCCCUGGAGAACUCCAUAGCCGAGAAGGCUGUGAUGUACAUUGGCGCCGAGCUGGUGCCUUCAGACAAGCUGAAGGCGUUUUUCGGCACCAUCUUCUGCACACUAAAGGAGAAAGAAAGCGCCACGAACGAAUACGACGACGAUGACGUCAUCGACCUGAAAAUAGUAGACACCAUUGUCUACACUGGCAGCACCGUGGCCCUAAUGGCACUCUCCGCCUCUGAAGCCUCUAAUCCACUGUAUGCUCUCCCUUGGUUGAUGAUUGCCGGUGUUUUCUUACACUUGUUUGCUGCCAGGUUGGCCUACGCUGCUGGCUCUUUGACCAAAUCGUACUCAUGCGUAGUCCUAGGCCUCAUCUGGAUUGUCUGGACAGCUUUCUAUCUAAAUGCAAAUUUAGCUUUCGCUUUAAGACCACUUUCGGUUGGGCUCUUGUGUUUGUUUACUGUUGUCAUGGUGAUCAGCCCUUCGUUCACUCGCGUGUGGAUUCCAUUCACAUUGUUGAUGGAGCUGGUGGUCAUUACUCAGGUGGUCACGGUCUUCAACACCAACCCCAGAUGGAUGAUACUGGUCACUGCACUUUUGGCAGCAAUUGUAAGUUUGUAUGCUGCAUUCGCUGAGUAUAUCAACACCUUCAUACAGAGUGAAGUUAUCCCAGUUGGACAUCCUAUAAUCAAGGAGAAAGUAAGUGAGGCAGACAAGGCAGAGCCACCUUGCCCACUUUUCACAUCUCGCAGAAGUUCUGCCCUGAGACAGGUGGCUAAACUGCUGGACCAAGGCUGUGUCAUUGGUGUUCCCACAGACACUGUUUAUGCUGUGGCUGGAUCAUGCAAAGUUCCAGAGUCCAUCAAAAAGAUCUACAUGGUCAAGGGCAGACCAGCAGAGAAGCCCAUAUGUUUGUGUCUAUCUAAUCUGGAUCAGUUGGCUGCAGUGGAGCCACCAUUUAGUGAUCUGCUCUGGAACUUCAUGAAACGUUGUUAUCCUGGUGGCAUUAGCUGUGUGGUACCUAAAGGAGACUGGUUAAGGAGAUUAGGUUUGGGUGAUGCUGUUAAUUAUGUAGGCACUGAACACAGUAUUUGCAUUCGAGUCCCUGAUAGCUCCGUGUUGGCCUACCUUGUCAGUCUGUCAGGACCAGUUGCACUGUCAUCAGCCAACCCAAGCGGUGGAGAUGACAGCACUCACCAUGACAUGGUCAUCAACUCACUUGGAGACAAACUAGAUGGUGUCGUGUGUGAUGGAAAAUCUAAUGAACUGGUGGCUUCCACUGUAGUCAACUGUCUCAAAAUUGAUGAAGGAAUCAUUACCUACUUCCGUAUUGGCUGCACACCACAGGAAGUUGUUGAUGGUCAUUUUGAAGCUGCCAAAGCAGAAACUGCUGCCAAACCCACCAAGCUAGAUAUGGAUGCUAAGUUGUCUUCCUAAAUACCAUCAUUGCAAAUAUUUUUCAGAAAAUUAACUUCAAUCAACAUCAAGGAUUUCUGUUUACACUAGGCCAUUAGACAAUUAUUUUUUCACAUCACAGAAAUUACUGUAUUUUGUUUUACCAUUCUUCAUAAGAUUAUUUUUUUUUGUAAUAUAAAUUGUUUGAAUUAUGGGAGCAUGGAUUUUACAAGCUUAAAAUUUUUUCAUUUGAUAAGGAGAAUUAUAAGUUAUAUUUAAAUGUCCUCACAAAGAAUAAAGAUUAUUAUUAAUAUUGUUCACAGUAGUUUAAUAUUUAAAUUCCAAAUGUUGAUUAGUGUUAUUUCAGGGUUUUGUAUACAAGAUACAGCUGAAAUUAUUCGUAGCUUUCAGUAUUUACAAAUAAAUUAAAAGAACAUUCAUGGGUAGAUCUAAAAAAAUAAGUUGUGAUACAAAAUAAAUUACAAUGACAUAAUAACUGUAUAUACAAAUUCUGUAAAUAUUUAAGUUAAAUUUGUAUUUGUUUUGUGUUUUCCUAAAUAUAAUUGAACACUUACUGAAUGCUGUCUUUAUUUUGAUGCAAGUCUCUUAUUGCAAUACCUCAGUAUAAAAACUUCACAAGUGUGCUGGCGCACUUUGAGCUUCCUCAUUUUCACACAUAUUGUAAUCUACCAAAACUUGACUGAAUAUUGUGUAAAUGAUUUGGUUGUAUACCUGGUUUAAAUAUUUAUGCAUUAAAACGUUUUGCUGUGUAAAUGUUAUUAGUAUACUAUUAGUAGAAAUGUUUAUUUUUAAAUGAUUGUUAAUGAAUUUUGUAGUUCUUAAUAACUUAAUACAUGUAAUCAAUUUGCUUUUGUCAACUAUUCAGGUUGUUUAAUAUUAUUAAUUCAGUCUGUACAAUAUAAGGUGCUGAAUGCUCUAUUGUUUUUAUUUCAUAUAAAUAUUAUUUAUGCUGUGUGCAUAUAUUAUAUAAACAAAGCAAAGCUACAAAUACAAAUAUUUUUUGAAAACAACUUUGUUGGUAUUGACUUCCUUCAACGACUAUGAAAGAUCAUUGUUUGUAUACAUAAUAAAGAAAUAUUUUUCACUUCAAAAAACAAAAAUUAAUAUUAAAGGACGUACUAGUAUAAUACACAAAAAAAAGUACCCAUGCUUCGAGCUGUGUGGCUGAAAGGCCAAAACCGCUCUGAUACGUGUUUGCUGAGUGCCCUGAAGGCAGCACUGAAACCUCUCACAUACCACCUUUCCCCACUGGUCCACAAAGAAAUUGGAUCACAAUGCGCUGAGCAUUUAAUAAGCAUAAAUGAUGUGCCAUGUAAAACAAUUUAAAACAAAAUAAAAUUGGGUUUUAGAAAAAAAAAAAAAAGAUUUUGUCUUAAUGUUUAGAGGUAUGAUUUCUGGCCAUUUUGAUAUGGAUAAUGGAUAC